AUGAAGGCCAUUGAAGCAUCAGACUUACCGCUUAGCCUCUGUCUCUACGCGCUCCGGGAUUCGCUGCGGCCCCUCUACCCCAACGGCUGGUUCCGGCUGCUGGAUUCGCACGGGCUGCCCCGCGGAGGGGUGCGCAGCCUGGCGGCGCUGGGGGAACAGGUUGCUGUAUUCCGUGCUCUGGAUGGACAAGUGUAUGUAGUCGAUGCCUACUGCCCACACCUGGGUGCCAACCUUGCUGCUGGUGGCCGUGUGGUGGGUAACUGUAUUGAGUGCCCUUUCCACGGGUGGCAGUUUCGGGGAGAAGAUGGAAAAUGCACUACAAUCCCAUAUGCUGAAAAAGUGCCAGACUUUGCAAAGAUUAAAACAUGGCCCUCGUGUGAAAUAAACGGAAUGAUACUUGUCUGGUACCACUGUGAUGGUAUUGAUCCAGUGUGGGCUGUCCCAGAGCAGGAAGAGAUCACCUCCAAGGAGUGGGUGUAUCGUGGCCACACAGAACAUUUUGUCAAUGCACACAUUCAGGAAAUCCCUGAAAAUGCUGCAGAUUUUGCUCAUCUAACUUUUCUGCAUCAACCAGUUUUUAUGAGUGGAGUUGACCUGAGAUACACACACUCCAAGCUGUGGGAGUCUGUGAAGCACUGCUGGAAGGGUGAAUGGCAGCCAGAGCCAGAACCCAACAAGCAUUGUUCCCAGUUAGUGGUUAAACACAGUCUAACAGUGUUUGGAAAGCACUUCUCCUUGAUGGAUUUAGCAGUUAGAGCCAGACAGGUGGGGCCAGGGCUGGUCUACCUGAUCUUUGAACAUGCUUUCCUGGGCCGUGGGAUCAUUCUUCAAAGCGUGACGCCUGUGGAGCCUCUCCUGCAGCACGUUGUCCACAAGAUCUAUUAUCAGCGCAGCAUGCCGGUGGUGAUCCCCAAGUUCAUUCUGAAAGUGGAAUGCGUUCAGUUUGAACGUGAUAUCAUGAUCUGGAACAACAAGCAAUAUCUGUCUAAACCACUGCUGGUAAAGGAAGAUUCCGCGAUCCCAAGGCACAGGCGCUGGUUUGCUCAAUUCUAUAGUGAGAACAGCACUAGAUUCACUUUCCAAAAGGGUGUACUGGACUGGUGAUGUCCAAGUGCUCAAAAGAUGUCAAAUGGCUACAUCCCUUUCUCGCCCAUGAGAACGGCAGUCAAACGCAUAGCAAGUUAAUAAAGCUGCAUUUCUGGAUUUUCAGUGGCACAGUUGGACUAUUCUGCAGUACAAGUAAAACUCUCUAGUUCAAUACUUCGAGCCGGCCAAGCAUAAUGUCUUCCAUGUAAGGCCGGGCAAAUCUGUUAAGUGUUGUGUAGACUUUGCUGUCAUAACUGAGCUGUAGCACUGGGUGCCCCCAUCUCCAAUGGGAAAACGAGACUGCUAAAAUCCCCUCAGGAAAUAGUCUGUGCUUUGCAGCUUUUGUUACUCAGGGACAAUUGUAUGAAACCCCAAUCCUUAGGUGCUGCAGGGCUCACGUGCGCCUAUUCUCUAAAGCUGUCAUUUGACAUCUGUUCCUCCUCCCCACAGCAAGUCAUGGCAAACCAGGAUUGUUACCAUGGAUGAGGAAUAGACAGGGUCACUCUAAGGAGCAGAUGGUCUGUUCUUUUGCUGAUGUACUUAGAAACUAGCAAGGGAUCCACAGCAAUGGUCAGGGCUGGCUAUAGAUGGUCCCUGAUGGAUUUCUACAGGAGUUUUACCAAGGAGUUUGUCAGCCCCUGAACAGAUCUUAAUGGACAUAUAGCAUCUAGUGAAGAUGGGAAGUAAUUUUCCUGAUUGUCUUACACUGUAAGAACGUAAAAACCAAACGUUUUGUGCCAAGAUUAGUUCCUCCUGGAGUAAUGUGUAUGUGGACAGUAACAACUGACCGAACACCAGCAGGGACUUGUUUAGAAAGCUAGGUACUCAUCUGGGGCAAGUGCAGAGCGUGCAGACACACUGGACAAUCAGCCUUUAGUAUGUGUACGAAAACUGAGCUUUGCUGGUUUGGCUAAAAACUGCUCUAAUUUCCAUUGUGCUUUGUUCCUUAGUAGUAUACAUAGAUGGGCCAACUUCUGCCUUGACUUACAACCUCUAGACUCCUGUUUGUUGCAGGUAAGUCAGGGCAGAAGUUGGUGAUCAGACUGUAAUGUAGUUACUCUGUGCUCAUCGCCAUCAAAAACCAACUUGGGGCGCACAGACCUGUUAGGAGCCUUCCAAGCUAGGCUGCACCAUGCUGGAGCUGACUGACAUUGUCUGCUAUACAGAUCGCUUGUGUAAACCUGUCCUCCUGUAGCUUGUGAAUUCUGCACUUUACUGAGCCUUUUGUUUUUGCACUGAACCAUAAAACAAUGUUAACCAGCAAGCCAGAGGCCUUUCCUUCCUGGGACUUUCUCUAGCCCCACACUCGUUACUGGGUGAACUGUUUAAACUAGUCCCUUAACGUCAUAGUCUUGAGGGGGUUGUGUAGUCGGUUGGGGGGAGUGGCUCCUCCCCCUCCGGGUCUGUGGAUGGCCAAUCCGCACUUACUUCAUUGUCUGCGAUGGGGGCUACAGCCAUAGAAUCAUGAUGGCAUGGGGUCACUCAUCACCUAAAUGCUGAAGCAGGCCUGGACUACGUGGCAUAGCAACGUCAGGUGGGCUAGUCAACCCCUUGGCAAAUGUCUGGCUCUCUGGUGUGACUGAUCUUGUACUAAUAGGGAUGAGUGCCACAAAGGAGUUACAGGAGUUAAAUAAGUCUUGGAAGAAUCACUUCUGGGUGGAACCAGGAACAGGCUAAUUGUAGGGGGCUGAGCUCUUCUCUGGCUCACAUAUCACCCAGAGAAGUGUUCACAAGUGGCACCAGUUUCAGCUCAUCCAUAAAAAUUCUUUCUACAACGUGAACUGGGCUUUUGUUUUGAU